GUAAUAUAGCCAGAACAUACUGCUAGCGCGAACCACCAUCGCACAUGUGCGCCAUGUGCCUGCCUUGCCGAUCAACCUCGCCGUGCUAGCAAACCGACCGGCCUAUUCAGACCAUCAGCAGUACAGCCCGACACAGUGCGAUAAGGAACGUAACAGGAGCACACGGGUUGAAGUAUGGCUGCGUUCGCUUCGUUGUCGAAAGUUUGCACUCGUUUGGCAAAGCCAACGUUGCACCGGUGUUUCCGUGUUCCCACGCGCAACCUAAACCUGCUCGAGUACCAGAGUAAGAAAUUGCUCGAAGAAAGCGGAGUAGCUAUACAAAAUUUUCGCAUUUUGGAAGGAAAGCAAGACGCAAAUGUCCUGGAGGAUUUUAAUGUGAACGAGUACGUCGUGAAGGCACAGAUCCUGGCCGGCGGUCGUGGCAAAGGUCACUUCGAUAAUGGCUUCAAGGGAGGUGUGCACAUCACGAAGGACCGGGCUGAGGUCAUUCCAUUGGUGGAGAAAAUGGUUGGCCACAAACUCAUCACGAAGCAGACGCCCAAGGACGGGAUCCUGGUGAAGAAGGUGAUGGUGGCGGACAGCAUCAACAUAAUGCGCGAAACGUACGUCUCGAUCGUGAUGGACCGCCAACAUAACGGUCCCGUGCUGAUCGCGUCACCAGAUGGCGGUAUGGACAUCGAAGCGGUGGCCGAGGAAACGCCCGAUCGUAUCAAAACCCUCCCGAUCGACAUUACCGCCGGAAUAUCGCGCCAGCAAGCCGUCGAGGUGGCCCGGUUUCUUGAAUUUAAGGGCCCACUCGUCGAGAAGGCAGCCGACGAGAUUGCGAAGCUGUACGGUCUCUUCACCAAGGUCGACGCGGUUCAGAUCGAGAUCAAUCCGCUCGCGGAAACGGACGACGGGCGGGUCAUUUCGGUUGACGCGAAGCUCAACUUCGACGACAACGCGCAGUUCCGGCAGAAGGACAUCUUUGCGAUGGAGGUGCACGAAGACACCGACCCGAAGGAGAUCGAAGCAUCCAAGUACAACCUCAACUACAUCGCGAUGGAAGGCAACAUCGGUUGUCUGGUGAAUGGGGCUGGUCUCGCGAUGGCUACCAUGGACAUCAUCAAGCUGAACGGUGGCAGCCCCGCAAACUUCCUCGAUGUGGGCGGCAACGUUAAGGAGGACCAGGUGCUGAAGGCAUUCCAGAUUCUCACCUCGGACGAAAACGUGAAAGCCAUCCUAGUGAACGUGUUCGGAGGCAUCGUGAACUGUGCCACGAUCGCCAACGGUAUUGUGAAUGCGUCGAAAACGAUGAACCUGCAAGUGCCGCUGAUCGUACGACUCGAGGGUACCAACGUGCAGGCCGCGAAACAAAUCCUCCGGCAAUCGGGCUUGAAAAUCCAAUCGGCGAUCGAUCUGGACGAGGCUGCCAAAAAAGCCGUUCAAUCGAUCUAGACAGGUUAGGACCUGUCUGCAGGUAAGCAAGUAAGAAAAACCAAAUCCAGUCUUCCGAGUGAACUUCUUUCUCAGGAGCUGGAACCGUUAUCGGAACCAUAGCGUUAGGAGGAGGUAAUAGUUAUUAGCGAAUAGUAACGCACAUGUGGCUGCAUUUUAAUGUUAU